CGGUUGGCGGCACGCGCUGGGGUUUUGUGCCGACUCGGUGGAAGAGGCUUCUCACUUCACUCCGGGGGUCGUCAGUGCCUCGCGAGACGUCCCGAGAGACGGUCCUGCUUCUCGCGCGCCACCAGCCAGCCACCAGCCAGCCAGCCAGCCACCAGCCAGCCAGCCAGCCAGCUAGCCGACCGCCAGCCAGCUAGCCAGUAGGCCACGCUUUUAGGGGGACCGACGUAUAGCCAGACCCGGGGUUCCACAACAACGACCAUGCCGCCAACAUCAUCGCGCACGAGAGGUAUCGGAGAGAACGGCGGCGAGGACCUGACGGCCCCGGUCUCGUUCCAGCUCGAGCAACCUCCGUGGGGAGACUCGACCGAGGCGACUAACGGUCGGAAACCACAGGUCAAAUCGGCGGAGAAUGGCAGCCUGGAUGUGCCCACCAACCCGAAAGGAAUCUCUCUCUUCCUCGCCACGGUAUUCGUGGUCGGUGGUGUCGCGGGCAUCGGCAUCCUGGCCCUGCCCUACUCCAUCGUGGAAACCGGCUGGUUCGGGCUGUUCCUCAUCAUUGCCUCAGCGUUUGCGUCCGGCUACAGCGGCUGGAAGCUGGGCGCCUGCUGGACCAUCCUGGAGGAGCGAUGGGCCGAGUACAGGGGCCACGUGCGGGAUCCCUACCCGUCCAUCGCGUUCAGGGCGUACGGCAAGUGGGCCAGGUUGUUCACGUCCACCGUGCAAAUCAUGGGCCUGUUCGGCUACGGCUCGGUGUUCAUCCUGCUCUCAGCCGAGCUCGUCAUGGACGUCAUGAGGCAGUUCUUCGGUGACAAGGUCACGCUCACCUUCUGCUACUGGCUCAUCAUCAUCUCUGCCGCCAUGGGCGUUCUAAUGCUGCUGGGAACGCCCAAGGACUUCGGGUUCGCCGCUUUCGGCGCCAUGGGCGCGACUGCGGCGGCCUUCUUGAUCAUCGUGGGCGUCUGCUGCGCCUGGAUGCACGACGGACGCGCGGCGUUCCCCCGGGAGUCGCCGCACGUGGGUUUCGCGGCCUUCUUUCGGGGCUUCGGCACCAUCAUGUUCUCGUACGGUGGCGCCGCCAUGUUCCCCACCAUCCAGAACGACAUGAGGGACCGAAGCCGGUUCCCCAUGGCCGUGGCGUACGCCACCAUUGCUCUCGUGGGCCUGUACGUGGUCAUGGCCACCUUGGGUUACCUGACCUUCGGCAACGAAGUCGGGGCCAACAUCCUGCUCUCCAUCGGUGACGGCGGUGUCAGCAUCGCCGUCCAGCUGCUCUUCAUCGUGCAUCUUGUCACCGCCUUCCUCAUCGUCAUCAACCCCAUGUGCCAGGAGGUCGAAGGACACCUCGGUAUCCCUGCAGAGUUCACGUGGAAAAGGGUGGCCAUGCGAUCGGCCAUCAUGCUGGCGCUGCUGUUCACCACAGAGACAGUGCCACAUUUCGGCAAAGUGCUGCCACUGGUGGGUUCCUUCAUGGUCGGCCUGACCACCUUCAUCCUGCCCUGCCUCUUUUACUACAAGCUAUGCUCCCAGACGGCGCCCGAGUGGAAAGAAAGGACCAUACCUACGUGGGAGAAAGUGGUGAUACUGGUCACUCUCGUCGCCGGUUUAAUCGGAACCAUCGCGGGCACAGGAGCUUCCAUAGAGGACCUCGUCAAGCCCGGCUCAUUCGCCCUGCCUUGCUUCAUCGACCCGAACGUGAAGCCGUGACAAACAACGGCGACAUGCAGAGAGCACGACGCGACCAACGUCUGGGACAGCAUUUUCCCUUAUGGGGAGCAAACAACGCUGUUACGGCCCCUGCGAAAGAAAGACCUGCCCGAGGAAACGCAAGAUCCGAGUGUGACUGGUG